AUGGUAGACCGUAAACUGUUAUCACCUCUCCAGUACCGUUUUAAAAUUGGACCACGUUAUACUGAUCUAAAACCAUUGGGUUUCGGUGGUAAUGGUCUUGUAUGUUCUGCUGUUGAUAGCGAAUGUGACAAACAUGUUGCAGUAAAACGAAUUGCAUUCAGUGAUCGAAGAAGCUGCAGGCUUGCUCUGAGGGAGAUAAAAAUUAUCCGGCGUUUACAGCAUGAUAAUAUUGUUCGAUUGUACGAAAUACUCGGUACUCAUGGUGAUAUUAUCGAUCUGUAUACAGUUCCAAACAUCAAUGAAUUCCGAAUUGUCUACCUAGUGCAGGAAUUACUUGACACCGAUCUACACAAAGUUAUACAGAGCCAGACUUUGAGCAGUGAACAUAUACGGUUGUUUAUGUACCAGUUACUUCGUGCCCUGAAGUAUAUUCAUAGUGCCAAUGUAUUACAUCGUGACCUUAAACCAAGCAAUUUGUUGAUUAAUUUGGAAGAUAUGACUUUAAAGAUCGGUGAUUUUGGUUUAGCCCGGAUUAUUGAUCCAACUUACUCUCAUAAAGGAUUCUUGAGUGAAAAUAUUUCUACUAGGUGGUACCGAUCACCAGAACUGAUGCUUACACCCAACGAUUACACUAAAGCUAUAGACAUGUGGUCCUGUGGUUGCAUAUUGGCUGAAAUGCUGCUGGGGAAACCUAUAUUUCCUGGUGCUAACGAGGCUGAACAAAUGACGCUAGUUAUAGAGGCUAUAUCCGUGCACGAGGACAACAUUGAAAAAGUACUCAAUACAGUGCCUAAGAAUGUACUGAAAAAUUACCAUGGCCAGCCUAAGUGGCCUCUCAGGGAAAGAUUUCCGAACAUUGACAGAGAUGCCUUGUAUCUGUUAGAAUGUUUUUUGACAUUUGACCCAGUAGACAGAAUUACAACUGAUGAAGCAUUAAUGCAUCCAUAUCUGCAUAUGUACAGCUAUUCUUCAGAUGAACCAAUCACAAACAAGCCAUUCCGCAUCGAGAAUGAAGUUGAUGACCUUUCACCUACUACGUUAAAGCAGAUCAUAUUCACCGAAAGUUUCCCAACGAAGCAAUAUUGUGAUAAUGCUGAAAAUAUGGACAACCUUAGCACUUUGGAAGACCUCAGUAUUAACGACUUUCCAGACAAUAGUGAAUCGGAUAUCAAAGAAGAAGAUUUUCUUAACCGAAGUUUUACUGAAGUGGAUAUGAUGAAUUAUAGUUUUGAUAAUGAAAAGUUGUUGUCACCUGCUCAGCUGCAAGAGGAGUUCAACAGCAAGAUCCAAAAUGAAAAUAUAUCAUUCGAGAAAAAGUUAGCUCUCGAUUGCGAGAGUGAGUGCAGUGAGAAAUCUGAUGAAGAUGUAAAAGAUACAGCUUCUGAAGAUAACAACAGUCUGAAGGAUGAGUUAGAGCUGGAAGAGAAAUUAGCGAUGGAGGUUGCUGAAAAAGAGAAAAUGGUUCUUGAAGAGACGACUGUGGAGAAGAAACAUAAAUGUAAGCUAAAUGUAGCAUCUAUUGGGAAGUCUUUAGAUAAUAUAUCUGUUGAGGAGAACAGCGAAAAAGUGGAGUCAGAAAACUCAGGAAAAGAAGAUGAAGAAAAUUAUGCAGAGAUGCCAAACAAAACUAUUAGGAAGAAAGAAAUAGAGAGAGAGACUAAGAAAGAUAUGGGAAAAUCGGAAGACGUGAAUCAUGGAGGGAAAUCUGUCAAACGAAAAGUCAAAAUGAAUUGCAAUCAUAAAAAUGGGAAAGAAGAACAUGAGAAGGAGAAAACGCUUCAACAUUGCUUAGAAAUUGACAAGCUGAGGAAAGAGGAGAUAUAUCACUACGUGGACCACAAUUGCCUUGAUUUGAAGAACAAAAGUCGCAUUCGGCAUAAAUCUACUGAAAAUCUAAAACAUGGGGAGGAGAAAGGUGUCGGGUAUACAUCUCCGAAAGUUCAACAUAGAAUGAAUGAAAAGUUGAAACUCGAGCAGGAGAAAAAUGUUGCUAUGAGGCUGAACUUAUUGGGAAUGCAGAAAGGAGGUUUGGAUGAUUUUAAACAACAACUGCAUAUAGAACUUCCAGUUUUAGAGAGCACUGACUCAAAUUCUCCUCGAUCACCAAAGACAAACUCGCCAAGGGGAGAAAAAAGUGUUAGACCUAAGAAGUACAACACCAAACCAAAAGGAAAGUAA